GAACGGUGCCGUAUGGAGUGCGAAACGGGGAAAAUACCGGUUUUAGAUUGAUACAGAAAGCAUAGAGACGAUAGGUGAUAUUGGUGUUGUGAAGGAAAUCGAAAAUGGCCGGAAAGAUGAGCGACGCGAGCAGUAGCACAAUUGGUGGUGCGGAGAGAGGGGAAAGCGUUGUUUAUGACUGUGGAAGACGAAAAUCUUCUUGUGGCUACUGCAAAUCGGGUUCUCGUGGCAGCGUCACUCACGGUUUAUGGGCAGAUAAUCUUACUGUUGAUGACUACCAAGAUCUCCUUGAUCGUGGCUGGAGAAGAUCUGGCUGUUAUCUCUACAAACCUGAGAUGGAAAGGACAUGUUGCCCUUCUUAUACAAUUCGUUUGAAGGCAUCAGACUUUGUUCCAUCUAAAGAUCAAUUACGAGUGUUUAGACGGUUUCAAAGGUUUUUGGAUGGAGAGUUGGAACAAGAUAAUCCAGUGGAGAACACAGAAGCUUCAAGUGCUUCCAAGAACUGUAGCUAUGCACUUAAUGGAGAUUCUCACUCAGUAGAAAAUAACUCACUGUCCUUUAAAAAUAAAGAAAACGAGGAAGGCCGCUUUAUACUUCAUCUGUCUGAUCAGGUCGAUGACGCCAUAAGCUUAUGCUCCGAAAAAGGCGAUCUUCCCCGUAACAUACCGUUUCCAAGAGCGUCUGUCAAAAGGGUUUCCCAUGUAAAGAAGAAACUGCUGGUUCAAGGAUCAAAGGAUCUUGUAUACUCCUGCAAUGUUGCAUUCCAAUUGUCUGCUAGCAUAAGGCGUGCCCAAGUUGGUGAGAUGAAAGAUGAUAACUUAUCAUCAUCAGCGAGUAACACAGCAGAAACUGGGUUUGUUCCUAAAAUAAUAGCUGAAAAGUUGGUAAAUUACUUGAGCCAGAUUGAUGAACUAUCUGGUUUCUCAAUCAAAGCAUGCAAUGGACAUAUUAACUUUUAUUCUGAUAAAGGAGAAGCUUCCUUUUCCUCCCCUAAGGAUGCUGAAAGGGCCACCAUUUCUCAAGAAACUGCUAAAGCCAGAAGUAAAGAUUCCCAUAUGGAGAAGAACUCUAAAUUUUCUUCACAGAAGAAACGAAAAUUAGAGAUACGCCUGAAAAGGUCCAGUUUUGAUCCAGUAGAAUACGCUUUGUAUAGACGUUAUCAACUUCAUGUGCACAAUGAUACUCCAGAACGUAUAUCAGAAGCCUCAUACAGGAAUUUUUUAGUUGACACCCCCCUCAACUUUGUUCCCUCAACUGGUGAUGGUACAGUUCCUCCCUGCGGUUUUGGUUCUUUUCACCAGCAAUAUUUGAUUGAUGGAAAGUUAGUUGCAGUUGGUGUUGUAGACAUCCUUCCAAGAUGUUUAUCGAGUAAAUAUCUGUUCUGGGAUCCUGACUAUGCUUUCCUCUCUCUGGGCAAGUAUUCAGCCCUACAAGAAAUAAACUGGGUAAAACAAAAUCAAACAUAUUGUGCCAGUCUUCAAUAUUAUUAUCUUGGUUACUAUAUUCACAACUGUGGAAAGAUGAGAUACAAAGCAACAUAUUGCCCAUCGGAGCUUCUUUGUCCACUUCGUUACACGUGGGUUCCAUUUGAUGCUGCGAAGCCAUUGCUGGAUCAAAAGUCUUAUGUAGUCUUAUCAGAUUUUUCACUCCAAAAUAAGGAAUCAUUACCACUUCAGGAGGUGCCGAAUGAUAUGCAACUCAAACAAGAUGAUGAUUUCCUGGAAGAACCAAACGAUUCUAUUAUAGAUGAGGAUGAGGAUGAUGAAAUCACCGAGGCAUACUCCUAUAGUUCUGAUGACGAUUUGGACCCAGAAAGCAGUGGUCUGGCCUCCUCUGAAAAGGAAGAUGGAGAUGUCACAAAUAUAUUAAUGGACAUAGACGAUUCCCGUAUGAGAUAUAAGGUAUAUACUAUCAUUUUGUUCUUAAGAUUUCGUGCUGUGCUUCAAUCCUUCACCUGCAAGUUCAUGUUG